CGAUUGUGUUGUGUUAUCUAUAAGAUGUUUCUACAUUUGCCCUUACAUUGUGGCUCAGUUGUUCAACUUUUAUUUGAUUGUAUAUAUCUCGUUUCGAGCGGUUAACACGCAAGCACUCUGUUGUUUUACUCUGUUUUCAGAGCGAGAGAGAGAGAGAGGGAGCAAGAAAGAGCAAGAGAGUCAGUGAAUGCAUUAUAACAACUGUUUAUCGCUACAGUGUUGUAAGUUGUAAUCAACACAGAAUGCAACAUGUAUUACCACACAAACUGGAUGUUUAUACUCAAUCACAUAGCCAGGUGGCUCGGAUGUCUAACAAUUUCAAUGUUUUAAAGCCUUUCUGUUAAUUCUAAUAAAAAAAAAAAAAAAGAAGAAAAACCUUUAAGCUUGACUAUACCGGUCGAUAUGUGCGUAAAAGUGCGAUAAAGAAAAAAUGUUUUAAAAAACUAUUAUUAAAUUCAUUAAUUUAAUGAAAAUUAAUUAUAUAUGAAUAAAUCAUGGUCGUUGAGUCAUCACAAUUUGCAUCAAAGAAAUAUAUGCGUCGAAUAUCGAAAGAUAUAUGUACGGUACGUCGGAUAAGUGUAAUAAAUUCGGAUAUAAAAAAUUCGCCAUCGUUAUCACGUAAACAUUCCACAAAUGGUGAUUUACCUUCACGGAAAUAUGCUCGCAAGCGCUCGUCAAUUUCGUCAACUUUAACCCGAGUUCUUAUACUUAAUGUCCGUGACUUAUUGCGUACACCUGAUCCCAGUGAGCGACAGCAUCAACCACGCAGUUGGAUUGAAACUAAUUUUCAAAAACGUGAAUGCAUCAAAUUCAUUCCAUGCCCUAAGGAUGACACAAAAUGCUGUUGUGGCCAAUCGAGGCAAACACAUCAAACGAUACCUGGCGUUGAUUGCGGCUCACCCGGCGAUGUCUGGAUGCCGCAUAAGCACACAAGAGCCCAACCGACUGACGCUUACGGUACUAUCGAGUUUCAAGGCGGCGCUCAUCCUACGAAAGCACAGUACGUGCGCUUGUCAUUCGAGACGCGUCCCGAAUUGUUGGUACAGCUUUUCACCAAAGAAUGGAACUUAGAAUUGCCAAAACUUCUAAUAACAGUACAAGGAGGCAAAGCCAACUUUGAAUUGCAACCAAAAUUAAAAAAGGAAAUACGUAAAGGCCUAUUGAAAGCGGCAAAAACUACAGGAGCCUGGAUAUUCACUGGUGGCACAAAUACAGGUGUAACUAAACAAGUGGGCGAUGCCUUGCUAUUGGAAGGACAGCAACGUACCGGACGUGUCGUAAGCAUUGGCAUUGCUCCAUGGGGCAUAGUUGAGCGUAAUCAUGAACUGUUGGGUCAUAAUCGUGAGGUGCCGUGUCAUAGUAUUAGUUCGCCCAGAUCAAAGUUAGCAGUGCUUAAUAACCGGCAUGCAUACUUCCUUUUGGUUGAUAAUGGAACGCAAGCUAAGUAUGGUGCCGAGCUAAUAUUAAGACGAAAAUUAGAAAAAUUCAUAUCCAAUUUAAAAUUGCAUCCAUUUACACAUUCUAGUACACCCGUCGUUUGUCUUGUUAUCGAGGGCGGUACAAAUACAAUACGUGCCGUUUUAGAAUACGUGACGGAUACACCACCCGUACCGGUGGUCGUGUGCGAUGGUUCUGGGCGUGCUGCCGAUUUAAUAGCAUUUGUUCACAAAUAUACAUCGGAUAGUGAUGAGCAGGCCAUUUUAGAAUCAACCCGAGAAUAUUUAAUAGCUACGAUACAGAAAACUUUCGAAGUCGUACCUGAGCAAGCGGAAAAACUCUAUCAGGAGUUGUUACAAUGUACUCGGAAUAAAAAUUUAAUAACCGUAUUUCGUAUACAAGAGAAACCAGAAGGCGAGGCGCAAGAAUUGGAUCAAACUAUUUUAACCGCUUUAUUUAAAUCGCAGCAUCUAAGUCCGCCUGAACAACUUAGCUUGGCUUUAACAUGGAAUCGGGUUGAUAUUGCACGCAGCGAAAUCUUUGUGUACGGCCAAGAAUGGCCCUUAGGCGCUUUGGACGAAGCGAUGAUGCAAGCUCUUGAACAUGAUAGAAUCGAUUUCGUUAAAUUAUUACUAGAAAAUGGUGUUUCAAUGAAAAAGUUUUUAACGAUACCGCGACUCGAAGAACUUUACAAUACAAAACAUGGACCAGCUAAUACUUUAGGUUAUAUAUUACGUGAUGUUCGUCCUCAUAUACCAAAAGGAUAUAUUUAUACUUUACAUGAUAUCGGUUUAGUAAUAAAUAAAUUAAUGGGCGGUGCUUACAGAUCAUACUAUACGCGUCGAAAAUUUCGACCAAUUUACGCCAAAGUUAUGAAUAGCUAUGCUAACGCUCAUCGUAAAUCUUCUACUUAUCAACGUUAUGCUGGUGCAAAUUCACUAAGUUUGGUGACAGGUCUUAUGCCGUUCACUUCGGAAAUGGCAUUAUUUGAGUUUCCCUUUAAUGAGCUUUUAAUUUGGGCUGUGUUAACGAAACGCCAACAAAUGGCCUUACUAAUGUGGACGCAUGGUGAGGAAGCAUUAGCAAAAUCUCUCGUCGCAUGCAAGCUAUAUAAAGCUAUGGCUCACGAAGCGGCCGAAGAUGAUCUAGAUACAGAGAUCUAUGAAGAAUUACGUUCCUAUGCUAAGGAAUUCGAAAGUAAAGGUCUAAAAUUGCUUGAUUUUAGCUAUCGUACGGAUGGAGAGAAAGCGCAACGCUUGUUGACAUGCGAAUUACAUUCGUGGUCGAAUCAAAGCUGCUUAUCGCUGGCCGUUGCUGCCAAUCAUCGAGCCUUGUUAGCCCAUCCCUGCAGUCAAGUUAUAUUGGCUGAUUUAUGGAUGGGUGGAUUGCGUACACGAAAAAAUACCAAUUUUAAGGUGAUUUUGGGUCUUGUCCUCCCAUAUUAUAUCAAACAUUUGGAUUUUAAAUCGAAAGAAGAACUUCAGCAGAUGCCGCAAACGGAAGAGGAACAUUUAGAAAAUCAAAAUCUCGACAACGAUGACUCGGAUCGUUCGCAUCCAGAUGCCGAGAAUCCCCUUACAAAAGCGAAAAGAACAAUUUCUUUAAAAUGUAGGAUGGGAAGUAAUGCAAACAAUAAUCCAGAUAAGUGUAAACUGUUACAAGUUGAAAAAUCCCCUCCAUCGCCAAGUAAUAGUUACACGAAUUCUACAAAUGUUUCAUUAACCGAUUCCGAUCCAUCACAGUUCCGGGAUUUUUUUCAUAUGACCGAAUACGAAGUGAAACAACAUCAACCGCUACGUCUGAAAAAGAAAUUCUAUGAAUUUUAUACAGCGCCGAUCACGAAAUUUUGGGCAGAUUCGAUUGCUUAUAUGUUUUUUCUCGUCAUGUUUACCUAUACGGUGUUGGUUAAAAUGGAAGCAACACCACGUUGGCAAGAAAUUUAUUCUAUCGCAUAUAUCGCAACCUUGGGUUUUGAGAAAAUACGUGAAAUUAUUUCAUCUGAACCGGUCGCCAUAACACAUAAAUUUUCUGUUUGGGCUUGGAAUAUGUGGAAUCCUUGUGACGGCGCAGCCAUAAUAUUAUUUUUCAUUGGUCUUUCGUUUCGUUUUCGCCCAAAUACAAUGGAUAUUGGACGUGUAAUUUAUUGUGUGGACAGUAUUUAUUGGUAUCUGCGUAUAUUGAAUAUAUUGGGUGUCAACAAAUAUUUGGGUCCUUUGGUUACAAUGAUGGGAAAGAUGGUUAAAAAUAUGAUUUACUUUGUCGUGCUAUUAGCAGUCGUUUUAAUGAGUUUCGGCGUAAGUCGUCAGGCUAUACUAUAUCCAAAUAUGGAGCCGACGUGGCGUUUAAUAAGAGAAGUAUACUAUCAGCCGUACUUUAUGUUGUAUGGUGAAGUUUUCGCUGACGAUAUUGAUCCACCAUGUGGUGAAAAUCCAAGUCAACCAGCAUGUGUAACUGGACAUUGGGUGACACCGAUAACAAUGUCAAUGUAUUUGUUAAUUGCGAAUAUAUUGCUCAUCAAUUUGCUAAUCGCAGUGUUUAACAAUAUUUUCAAUGAAGUCAACUCCGUUUCACAUCAGGUAUGGAUGUUUCAACGAUUCACCGUCGUGAUGGAAUACCAACAGAAACCGGUAUUACCGCCACCAUUUAUUGCAUUUUGUCAUUUCUAUUCACUGCUCAAGUAUUGUGUACGCAAAGCGAAAGGAUUGGAAGUACAGCGUGACAAUGGUUUGAAAUUAUUUCUUGAAAAAGAUGACCUCGAACGUUUAUAUGACUUUGAAGAGGAAUGCGUGGAGGGAUUUUUCCAUGAACAAGAAAUCAUAUUAAAUCAAUCGACAGAAGAACGCGUCAAAAAUACUACGGAACGUGUUGAGACAAUGUCUCAAAAGAUAGAAGAUAUAAAUCAAAAAGAAAAUCUUCAAACAGCUACGGUUCAGAAUAUAGAAUUUCGUUUACGAAAGAUGGAGGAAUCGUCGGAACAAAUAUUGGCUCACCUAGCAGUUAUACACCGCUUUAUGUCUAUGCAUACAAUAGGACCGGAAGAUAUCAGUGCCUCAAAUGCGAAUUUGCCGGGUGACUUGGGGCGUGUGCGCACCAUUUCCAUAUCCGAUAACGAAGGUGGUAUUGGGAUAAUUGGUGGUAAUGGUGGUAGCGGUAGUAGUGGUGGAGCAGGAGUAGGAACAGGGGGCCAACUCAAUUUACAAGUAAACAAUCGACGUCGCUUUAAUCGCUCAUUGACCGAGGUGAGACCGGACGCGUAUAUUUUCGAUGAAGGUACUCAUUUUGAAGUGGUACCAGUACCGGAGGAAACUGACGAAAUGAUUAAAGCAAAAGAUUCGGUUGAAGAGCAGGCAGUAAGAAAAGUAUCCGUACAAUCUGAGUCAGAUUCGGACGUUUAUGUACCACUAUCGCAACGACCUUCGACCUGUGAGACGAUCAAGAGAACACCCUACGUAACAGUAAGACAAGAUACCGGUGCGAGUACGGAAAGCAAAGACACUCUCACACCAUUAGGACAUGACGAUGAUCAAACAUUGGUUGGUGAGAAUUCCGAUGAAACGGGACCAGAAAUCAACUUUGAAGCUGCCAGGCAUCGAGCGAUACGUCAACGCACGGUUUCCUUGUGUCGUAGAAACUCUGAGACGUGCUCUAUUAUCGCUGACAUUAGCCGUUCGCAUAUAAGUCUGAACCAAUUACAUUUACCGCGCCGACAAUUGAGUCUUACACAAUCUGAACCAGAGAGCGAUAAGGAAGGCGCUACAACCGGCAAAGCAGUGCUGCGUUCACGACCUUGCAGAAAUAUACUUUUGAAAUUGCAUAGUGAAUAUACUUCCAUAACCGAUGAAUUAGAAAGCGUUUGCCAUAUGAUAGCGUCGCCCACCGUAUCGCUGCAGAGUCACAAAACUUCAUUGGAUCGUCCAAAGACUGAUAUGUCAAAAGCAGAAUUUGCCGCUCUUCUGGAAAAACAACAUUUGAAAGAAUGUGAGGAAAAUGAUUAUAUGAUGCUUGAGGGGCUUUUUCAAGCUAGAACUUCAAUCGACGACACUGACGAUUCGUACGAUGCUGCUGCAUCGGUAGACUACGGUCACCGAUACCCACUAAGAAGAGAAACUGCCAUAGAAUUAUCGCCAUCUAAGCCUACCACGGGAAGUGGUGGAAUCGGUGGCGACAGCAGUGAUACAAGCGGAACUGCGGCCGGUGUGCAAUCUGGCGGCUUCCAAGUAAGACAUGAACGCCCUUGGCAACGUAAUUCAUCAAUGGAACAACAGCAAACAUAUCAAUCGCCUCUGGUGCCGCAAAGAGCCACCAGCGAAUUUCUCAAUCCCCCCUACGAAAGUACGAGCAGAUUUUUCAAAAAAUCGAGUGAAAGCCUUCAAAAGAAUUCUAGUACCGACACGGACUAUUCCGCUCAUCCCUACCGCUUCAUUAAACAGAGUUCAAAUGAUACCACCACCUCAAUGACCGGCUCCUACAACGUGGACACGCCUUCGCUCACAGCUGAACCAUCACUAGAUGCAGUCGAUACUCAAUCACAGUCUCUCUCGCAGUCACAAAACACGCCUACCGUGUUGGAGAGUGGUAUAAGCUUAGGUGGUGGUAGUCUUAGUACUUCAGCACGUCUAAAAGAUGCGGCCCAAAUUUCUUUAGAUUUCAAUCAACGGGUAAUGAUUCCGCAGAUGCAACCACCACCCAGAGCCCUGCAAUUGAAGAAACAGUUUAGCUUGGACCAAGGUAAACAGCAACAGCCCCCGCCUAUACCACCAACGGUUAGAUUAGCACAACAUUUAGAAAUGGACACUGCUGACUUGGAUCCAGCAUCUGUUUCGACUGGUAGUGGCGCUGUUUUACCCACCUCAGUCCCAGCUAAAUUGCUUUCCUCUCUUAAACCACCUCUCACCAGUAAAUUGGGUAUGAAUAUCUUAAAAGAGAGCAGUUCGAGCACCGAAGAAUCCAAAGACGGCGACCAAGCAGCUGCUGUUGCCAUACCACAAAUUAGCACUCACUUGAUUCAAGAUGAAAUAGCGAAACUCUCGUCAAACAUUAAAAGCAGCACUGAAUCGGAAAAGGAUCCGCCCUACAAUGAAACAAUGUGCUGAUUUUCAUUGACAUUGUUAUGGUUGUUAUCAACGCGCCAUGGUAGUGUCAUUGAAAACGACGCUACCACUUUCACUUAAUAGCUUAAGUUAUUUUAAUGUCAUCAUAAUUUUUUUUUAAUAGGGUUUUACGGAUUAGGAUUUAAACGAACGUAACGUAACGUAACGUAACAUAACGUAACGUUUUCAUUGCUUAAUUGCUUAAUAAUAAUAAUAAUAAUUGUUAAGCAAAAUGUAUAGAGACUAAGGACGAUAUCAGCCAUAAGCUUAACAGUCUAUAAAUGCAAAUUAAAAAUUCAAUAACGAUAAGAACAAAAACGAGCCGCAAACAUCGCAAAAGUAUGUAUAAUUUCGAAGUGGUUGCCGUUCACGUCACACAUACACAAUCGAUACAUACUUACUUUCCUACGUUCGUGUUUUGCUUAAUAAAUUCAAAUAAAUAAGUUUUAAUGUUUAUUUUAUUAUCUCUAUAUAUAUCUAUAUAUCGUUAUAUAGUAAGAUGUUUGUGUGUCUAUGUUAUACCAUUAUUUUGUUAUGUGAUAUGUUUUUAUAAGCUUGCAAUGCAGUAAACAUUUACUUACAAUAUUAAUAAUAAUAUUUCCCAUCCGAGAGCAAAAGAGAAAAGAAUUUAAAAACAUAUCAAUAUCUGGCUUUAUUUUAAACAUUAAUUCUUACCCUUCGUUAUCAGCAUCAGACAAACGAAAAUAUUACAUUAAAAUUAAUAUAUACAUAUAUAUAUUUUUUAUUUUUUUUAUCCCAAAACUUUUUUCAUUAUUCAUUUUUUUUUGCAUAUUUAUCAAAGACCGAUCCAAUCUCGGUAUAAAACAGACUAACUUUUAAUUAAAUAAUUUCAUCAAUAUAAAUACGAUGCUUUUAAGAUAUUGAUUCAUAUUAAUAUGAAUAGGAAUAGAAACUAAAUAAGAUUUAAGUUAUUUUCACGUCAUCUAAA